GACCACAUGCCGACGCUACUGUACUCUGUUUAGACCCUACCCCUUGUCCCACUGUCAUUAAUCCUUUCCCUUCUGUUCUUCCCCUCCCCUCUCCUCUCUUUCUCUCUCUGGAUUCUGGACCAUCAUCACCUUCUCUUCUCAUCUGCUUCUUCAAACCCACCGACUCUCUCAAAUCCGCACUAAAUGCCCUCUGCCUCUGUUUUCUCCCCUGCAGCACUCAAAACUAUAUUACAGUCUCCCUUCUUCACCAUCAUAAUAAACCCCCGCAAUUCUCACGCCUUUUCCCCACUUUUCCUCUCGUACACUCCCUUUCAUACUUGCCACUACUGCUCUCACCCAAAUCACAGAUCUACAGACUACCACAAAUUCGGUUUAAGGUAUUUUCCCAGUUUAUAUCCACCUCCUUUUCAUCAAAGUUUGCGACUUUUUAACUUGUUCUUCCAUUUUCGUCAUGUGGGUAUCUUCCCAAUUGAAAAUUCUGUGAUGGGUUCUUAUGGUUUUUGAUUAUUGGAACCGUUUCAAGGAGGGUUUGGGCACAUGUCAAUGAAGCAGUCGCCGGUUGGGAGUAGGACAAAGAACUCGAAAGGGUUUAAGGUAAAGCACGUUUUGCAGGCUUUUCUUCUGCUGGUGGUAUCGGUUUGGCUGAUUUACCAGCUGAAACACUCCUACGACAAGAAGGCGGCUCUGGACGAGAAUGGACUAGGCGGUCUACCGACAGAGGAAACAGAGGAGGAGCAGGAGAUUCUGUUCAGACUCGGCAGGAAGGACUUAAUCCGCCCGAUUGUUAGUAGUACUGAGACCGUGAAUGGAAAUGGUGUUAAGGGCGAGAUGGAUGAGGACAUGGAUGAAGUGAAAGGUGAUGAGAUUGAUGAAGAAGGAACACAUGGCGGCGGCAACGGUGGUGGGGAUGAUGAGGUGGACGGGCGUGAUCAGGACAGAACAGAUGAGGAAGAGCCAGAGGAAGUGGAGGAUCUCAUUGAUGUGGACGACAGGGAAAGAGAUGAGAGGACCGAAGAUGGUAAAGGGGAUAGUAAUGGAGGAGAUCACAUUUCAAUUUCGAUAACAGGUGAUGAUGAUGAAGGGAAGGACAUGGGAAGAAGCCGUGUGUGAAGUCACUCAUGUGUUCAAUUCAUGUGAGUGUAGAUAGGUGAGGAAUUAUACUGAUAUAUGAAAACCUUGAUAUAUGAAAUUAGUCUGCAGAGGAAAGUCUAUAUGGCGAAGUUGCCUUAAGGGGUUUGUUAAAAGACAGGCCUAGAGGGAAAUAUCGGUAGUUGCUGCAAUUGUACAUAUGCUACUUUUAGUCAAUGAUUUGGACAAUGUAAUGGUGGCUUUUAUAUAAAGUGGUAGUAUAGUAGUUAGUUGAGAGGGGAGUUUGAAAAUCAGACUUUUUUUUCCCUAGAAAGUGUAUUAAAGUUGAAAAAAUUUGGUAUGAGCACUAGCAUUGAGAGUUGUUUCCUGCUUUGAUCUGCUUGGUUGGUAAUUGGUUAUGGCGUUUUGCAAUUGUAAGCUAGCGCGACGUGAUUGAUUCGCCUAUGCAGCAGGGGAAGGACACUUUGGACGCGCUUACUACGUCAUGUAGACAUCUUUCCUCUCUUUUCUCCGGACAAGUUAGCCGGUUGGUGUAGCAACCAAUCGAUCAAGUUACUGGUCCCUUCAGGAGAUCCGAUAAAGUCGAUCAAAUUAC